GCUCCACUGACCCCGCGACUUGGUUUGUGCGGCGAACACACAAGUUCGUAAGUGGGGGAUCGAGAGGGGUUCCGAUAGGGAACAUGAAGCUAUAGCUAGGAGAGUGGGUGGAAUUGGAGUCAAUGGUGCUAGGUUUGUUCAUCAGUCAGCAGUUAGGAAAGAGCUGGCUUCCUCUGCAUUGAAUGAUGGGGGAUGUUAAUUUGCAUCGACAUCGGCCGAAGAUCGAACCACCCUGGAUGAUGAGAUGAUUCGUUUUUGAGGCGAGGAUAAGGCAAGACUGAGUACCUUUAUACAGUCUCAUUCGGUUCAAACGAAUAAUCACGUAGGUAGUGAGAGCAUCAUACGGGAUCCAACCAUAUCUACACAAGAAAACGUCCGUUCUUCAAAGACUUCCAUAGACACCACAGCCACACAACGACUUCGGGUCGGCAAUCGAAGCAAACAUGACAACAAGCUCAUCAACUCCUGUGAGCUCACAAACCAAUGGCCACACAAACGGCUCGCACCAAAAUGGCCACACGUCCAAAACCGAUGUCUGCGUCGUCGGAGCCGGACCAGCCGGCUUAAUGCUCGGAUCUCUCAUGGCGAGAUUCGGCCAAAAGGUCCAAGUCAUUGACGAAAGGCCAGAUCAGACUACAGUAGGCCGUGCGGAUGGAAUUCAGCCAAAGUCGAUUGAGACGCUGCAGAUGCUGCGCCUCGGCGACGAGCUAUUCCGCACCGGUGUUAAGGUCCACGACAUCUGCAUGUGGCAGAGCUCCAGUGAUUCUGACCUGCACCGGUUGAGUCGCUCGAUUCACUACCCUCCAUCUGUUGUGGAUCUCUUGCAACCCUACAUCUUGUUGUGUCACCAGGGCAUGAUUGAAGGUGUCUUUAUUGAUGACCUUCGCAAGAGCGGCGUCGAAGUGAAACGUAGUCACAGCUUCCAGGCUUACAGCACUUUGGACGAUGGCUCAUUGAGCAUUGAAUGUGAUCGGCAAGGGGAAGGAAAGACAUCCAUCAACUCGGAGUUCCUUGUGGGAUGUGACGGCGCUCGAUCUCUCGUUCGAAAGAGCAUCCCCGACACAUUCGCCCAAGGUUCACCGCAUGCUUCAGUAUGGGGUGUCCUCGAUGGAGAACUAGAGACCGACUUCCCCGACCUCUGGAGCAAGACGGUAGUCUUUUCUGAGAAGUACGGCUCCAUCCUCAUCAUCCCCCGCGAACGCAACAUGACGCGCUUCUACAUCGAAAUGAAAUCGUCAACAUCCUCGAAAGACCUGGGAGAAGAAUAUGUGAUGGAACAAGCCCGCCUGAUCCUCUCGCCCUACAACGUCAAAUGGCGUUCCGUAGAAUGGUUCGGCAACUACCAAGUCGCCCAGCGCGUCGCCGCCCGCUUCUCAGACCCGGCCCAGCGCGCCUUCAUCGCCGGCGACGCCAGCCACACGCACAGUCCCAAAGCGGCGCAGGGCAUGAACACGAGCAUCCACGACACCUGGAACCUCGGGUGGAAGCUUAACCUCGCGCUGCGCGGGCUCGCCAAGGGCGACGUAUUGCUUGCGACGUACGAGCAGGAGCGCAAGAAGAUUGCGCACGAUCUCAUCAACUUCGACUUUGAGCACGCCAACGAGAUCGCUCGCGGAGACGCGAAGCGGUUGGCAGACAACUUCAAGACGAACACGCGCUUCAUUUCGGGCGUCGGGGUCGAGUAUGGCGAGAACGAGCUCAACCGGGAUCGGGAUGACGGCGUCAAGGGUGCCGCGAAGCCGGGAUGUAAUCUCCCGCCUGCAAAGGCUACCCGUUAUAUCGAUGCUUGCCCUAUCGAUGUGCAGCUCGAUAUUCCGGUUCUGAGCCAGUUCCGCAUCUACGCCGUCUUGAACGACGUCUCUAGCGCUGCGGGUGUCUCUUUUCUGCGUGACUUCAGCACCGGCGUCGCAUCUGCAUCUUCAUUGGUGUCGAGACUUUCCGCAGCGGCGGCGCAGUCGUACAAGGUGAAGCCACGCGCCAGUCGGAUGGACGAUAUUCAUGUACGCCCUGAGAGAUAUACAUCCGUCAGUCAAUUGUGCACAUUUGCGCUCAUCACAUCUACGGAAAAGGAGAACUUUGAAAUCUCCUCGCUUCCUCCCGUAUUCUCACAGAGUGCCUGGACCAUCUACCUCGACGAUGUAGCACCUCUGGAUACACAGGGACGCUCCUGUACAGACAAGUGGCUUGGGGGUCUCGGGACGGACGAGGCUUCCCUCAUCGUCGUUCGACCGGACGGCUACGUGGGUGCCAUCGGCCGCUGGCAGGCAAGCGAAAGCGGCACCGGUGGGAUGGCGGCGCAAUGGCUGGAUGACUACUUCGGCGGUUUCUUACAAGCGCCGGACACUUAUUAAAUCGCGCUUCAUGCGGUGCGACUUCAUGGCAGAGCGGUGUGGGCAAACGAGAAGCAGUAUGUAUGUACAUGUAGCAUCAGCUGGUCCUACAGUGAGACCGGUCGAUCUGAGUUAAUUAACCCGUUGAAAGGACUGGGCGUACACGUGUGACGUAUGUACUUUAAAAUAUCAGACUGAUAGUGAGCUACAGGUAAUUCAGGCGAGACAUGGCCCAAGACCCAUGUAGACUGUUAUGUUAGCUCAACAAGCAUGAGUCGUCUUUGCGGCUAUUACUACAAAGUACAUCGUUUAUUCUGGCCUCAAAAUGAAAUAGGCGCAAUUGACAAAGUCCCAU